AUGUGGUCACAACUUCGACGGGUUGUUCUGGCAUUGUCCAUUGCUGUACCUGUUCUGGCUCAGAAUAGCUCCAACUCUUCUGUCCCCUCAGGAGUCUACCCUUUUUCCGUGUAUACUCUGAUCGCUGAGAAUAUCACCGCGAAAUUCAUCCCAUAUGGAGCUCGCCUGACCUCACUCCUGGUCCAGGACCGCAACGGCAACUAUCAGGACAUUGUGGCUGGAUAUGACAAUGCCACCCAAUAUCUAACCGACACAGAAACAAAUCACACCUACUUUGGUCCCGUUGUUGGGCGAUAUGCAAAUCGAAUCAAGAACAGCACCUUUACCUUGAAUGGACAGUCUUAUCAUAUCCCCGCAAAUGAGAAUGCCGGCGCCGACACACUCCAUGGGGGUGUAGUUGGAUAUGAUCAGCGGAAUUGGACUGUUGUUGCUUCUUCGAGCUCGAGCAUUACAUUCAGUCUGCUGGACACUGGCUUCCAGGGCUUUCCAGGCACGGUCUUGACAACGGCCACUUUCACUCUGGGCACCUUCGCAAGCGGUCCGCAGGGCGAAGUUAGACCGCGAUUGACGAGCAGCAUGGUUUCGUCGGCGUUGGACGAGGAGACGCCCAUCAUGUUGGCAAACCACAUCUACUGGAAUCUCAAUGCAUUCAAACAGGCAACAAUCCUCAACGAUACAACUCUGUGGAUGCCAUAUUCUGAUCGAUACAUCGAGGUAGACCCUAUCUUGAUCCCCACUGGCGGUCUGGGAUCUGUCUCGAAUGUGUCAGCCCUAAACUUCCUUUCUCCCAAACUACUGGGCGACGCUGUGGAUAACGCCACUGGUGUCUGCGGCGAAGGAUGCACUGGAAUUGAUAACGCUUUCAUCUUGGACCGACCAACCAACGCAGGUCCGACAUCCUCGAAUUAUCCUGUGCUUUCACUGUGGUCCGAGACCACCGGUAUUCAGCUGGACGUGUCGACCAAUCAACAAGGUCUUCAGAUAUACACCUGCAAUGGCCAGAACGGUACGAUUCCGGUCAAGCAAAGCCAACAGCAAAGGAACAAUGACACGCAAGGCGCAGCUAAAUUUGUCAAUCAGCAUGGGUGUGUUGUGAUCGAGACACAGGCGUGGAUUGACGGGGUCAACCAUCCGGAAUGGGGAGUCAGCAACUAUGAGAUCUUCUCCCCCACGACUGGACCGGCACUAAACUAUGCGACAUAUGAUUUCUCGACAUUUUGA